CCGGAGAGCGCUAGCGAUCGGCUCUUUCUUCCGGCCUGCAGUUGAGCGGACCGGCCGAGGCGGGGGCGUUAAUGGCGGUCUGGCUGGGGCAGGGGCGGCGGCGGCGUAAAGGGUGAUGGGACCCAGCAGCAACAAACGCUGGCUGGGGAAAGCGAGGGAGGAGCGGUUUUUCAAGCAGCGUGAGCCUUAAGGAGGCGCGCUUGGAAGAAAGGUUGGGCGUCUCGGGUGGGGGUGAGAGGAAUUGAAGGCAUGUCGGCCAAGUGAAGGUGAGGCAGAAUCCAUCGCCAAGCCAGGUCGGAUUCUAAAAGCAGGUUUUCGUUGUGUCCGGUACUUGCACAGGCCGGGCGUGGCUGUUUCUUAUUUAGCUAGAUAGUCAAAAACACAACUGCACCGGUCUUUUAUAAAUCCCCAUCCCCUAUCUGUGUUUUUGCAUGGGGUUGAUUACAUGCUGUCGGGAUCUUGUAGGAGCAGCUUGGGAAGCCUUGUAUUCUGCAUUGGUUGCAAUGGCCAAGAAGAACAGUUUUUAGAUUGGCUGCAGAACCAAGAUACAAUAGCUUUCAUUCUCUUUUGAGAAGAAGUUCACUAGAUUGAUUGAUCUACCAUUCAACUUUUGGGUUAUGGUAUCCUGCAAGACUUAUUUUCGAAAGGGCAAGGGUAUCGUUGACAGAAUAGUUGUUCUUAUCUUGAUCAUCAGAUAAUUACAUUAUCAGAUUUGGAAUGUGACUACAUUAAUGCCAGAUCUUGCUGCUCAAAACUAAAUAAAUGGGUGAUCCCUGAAUUGAUUGGCCAUACCAUUGUCACUGUAUUAAUGCUUAUUUCACUGCACUGGUUCAUCUUCCUCCUCAAUUUUCCUGUGGCAACAUGGAACAUAUACAGGUAUAUCAUGGUUCCCAGUGGAAACAUGGGAGUAUUUGAUCCUACAGAAAUCCACAACAGAGGGCAGCUAAAAUCACACAUGAAAGAGGCCAUGAUAAAGCUUGGUUUUCAUCUCCUUUGUUUCUUCAUGUAUCUUUACAGUAUGAUCCUGUCUUUAAUAAAUGACUGAAAAUGAAGUGGCCAAAUGAAGUAUUAUGGUUGCCAAAUUGAUGUUACUCCAUUGAAAUACUAUGAAGCCACGAGCAACUCUCAAGAAAAUCCAGACCAGUGAUGUCAUGCAGUAUAUUUUUUCCUCUUCGAACAAAACAUAUUUUUCCUGUAUUUUUAACAUAUAAAAUAUUUUAGAAACUACAAUACUAUGUUUUUGCAACUAUUGUUUUGUUCUUACUCAAAUCCAUUUUCUUACUGUAUUUAAUUCUUAUGUGAAGUUUUUGCAAGAAUACUGGUUACCCAAUGGAACAAAUUCACUUAUUACAGUGAAACAGCAGCUAUAACCAUUUCAUUGAAGAUUUUAUCAUAUAAAAGGAAGCUUACCAGAGA